AUGCCGACUCUCACGAAGCUUUACUCCAUGGAAGAAGCUGCAACUCACAACAAGCAAGAUGACUGCUGGGUCGUCAUCGAUGGCAAGGUCUAUGACGUAACCUCGUAUAUGGAUGAUCACCCUGGAGGAGAUGAUGUGCUUCUCGCUGCCACCGGCAAAGAUGCAACCGAUGAUUUCGAAGACGCAGGGCACAGCAAAUCCGCCAGGAAACUCUUGGACAAGUAUUUUAUCGGCGAGCUUGACGAAACUACUGUGCCGGAAAUGCCAGAGCUUAAGAUCUACAAGAAGGAGCAGCCAAAAGACUUUGCUCAGAGCUGUAUCGACUUGACAAAGCAGUAUUGGGUUGUUCCUGUCUCCAUUAUCACCGUCUCUAUAGCGGUUAGUGUCUUGUUCUCUCGCAAGAAGUAG